CGUUAUCUUCGCUAAAAUUUUGAUAACCCCGUGUGGUUAAGUAAAAAUCGAAUGUUAAAGUAGUACUUAGAAAAAAAUGGCACCUCCGCCAGUUGUCACCGGGAUUUCUCCGAAGGAAGGACCACCAGGUACUCGGAUUACCAUUCGAGGGGAGUUUCUUGGCACCAGAGCGCAGGAUCUUAUAGGUCUGAAAAUAUGUGAAUGCGAAUGUUUACUAUCAGCAGAAUGGAAGUCACAAAACAAAAUAAUUGCAAGAUCUGGGCCAUGCAAAGGCAGAGGUGACAUAAUAGUAACAACUCAAAGUGGUGGACAAGGUACAUCAACAGUUCAGUUCAGAGGAUAUCAUGAAACUAUUGGUCCUAUGAAAGAAUCUGCAGUAUGGGUUGAAGAGGCACCUGUUUUAAGUUUUGUUUGGGGUAGGAGAGCAUUAUCACCAACCAAUUAUCAACAAGAAGAUCCAUUAGGUCUUAGUGUAGAGGGAAAUGAAAAAAAGUUUCCAGAGGAUGAACUAAUUGAACAUUUUGGUGAAGCUAGUGGGGAACUUACUAGUGACAAAUUUCAUCCAGGCAUGUUUCUGCUACAACACCAUCACGCAACUACAUUUGAUGAUCUCAAAGCAGGUUUGUCUUACUUACAGAGAAAAGUCAACUCUCAAAAAGAAGGUCAACUGUCAUUUUUAAAGGCAAAUGUUGGAUCUGUGAUGGAACAAUUAGAAACAAUUAUGCUGUUAAAAGAACAAUUUGAAGCAGAUUUGAAAAAUUAUGGUGAAAAUCCAAUGGAAAAAUUAGAAGCUGCCAUUAAACAAUCUAUGUUAGAAGCUAAUAAAUUGUUUGACGACGUUUUGGCCAGAAGAGAUAGAGCAGAUGCAACAAGAAAUGCAUUAUCAGUCAUGCAGAGGUAUAAAUUUCUGUUUUGCAUGCCUGUCAACAUCGAGAAAAAUAUGAAGAAUGGAAACUAUGAUCUUGUGAUUAAUGAUUAUGCUCGUGUUAAAAAUUUGUUUAAAAAUACUGAUGUAGAUAUUUUUAAAAAAGUGCUUAGAGAGAUUGAAUAUAGAAUAGAGACCCUACGAGAAGUUCUGAGAAAAAAAUUAGAGGAGCCAUGCUCUUUAGAGGAACAAAAGAAAAUUAUUAGACAUCUCAUUAAUCUUGAAGCUGAAGGAGAUCCAGCUUGGGAUGCUAUAGUUUCCCAUGCAAAUCACUUGGAAAAAAGUAUAAAAGCUUCUACGAAUGAAUAUUUAGAUAAUGAAAAUAGAGAUGACAAUUAUAGAGGUGGAACAGUUAUAAAAUCUAAUGCUUCGACUCCGAUGUCUAUAAAACAAUUCAAGCUGACAAGGGCUGAUGAAAACAAUGCUCCUUUUAGAGUUCAGUGUAUAGAAGAAUUGUGUGAAAUAGUUAUGGAGCAGUUGCCUGAUCUGUGGAGAUUAGGUCAAAGCUACUUUACAGGACAAUUACAUGUUGCUGUAGAUACUGAAAAACAAGGACCAUUUAAAAGUUUGGUACUUUCAAGUAUCCAACAUGCUGUUGAUGCCAUGAACGCUACUUGUGAUUCGGAGUUGGACGCUUCUUGGCUUUUGCAAAAUCUUAAAUGCAUAAGGCAUAUGUACGCUUCACUCAUCCAUUUAGACUUACCAAGUGACGCAUUAGAUUUAUUUGAAAAUUUUAUUUUUGACUUGAGAUUACAAUGUUUACUGGGCCUUUUUAAGGAAACAGCCGAUAACGUAAUAAUGCUGAAUCGCAAAGAAACGUGGAAUAUUGAGUACACUGACGAUGAAGAAGGAAUAACUUUAUUGCCAUCAAUGUUCGAAGAUAUGGUAGAAGACGUAGUGAAAUUAGGGCGCGAAACAGCAAUGACUUGUGGACCAAGAGAAUCUCCUCUACUCGCGGAUUUUAAUCAACAGUCUAUGUACCAUGAAGCCGUUAAAUCAUUGUUUUCUUCGUUUGCUCGAUGUUUGCAGCAAUUGGCCUUCAGUGGUAGUGAAGAUACUUUUGACGACGAAGUCACGACGGUUUCGCAGCUCACAGGUUCACCUGCAGCUUAUAGAAUCAGGGAUAGCAAAAUGCACGGCCCAACUUGGGAGCAGUGCCUUCUAAUAUCGUUGAGCAACAUUCGCUAUACACUAAAAGUGGUACUACCGCGAAUCGAAGAAAAUCUGAAAACUCAUGGUUAUCCUGAUCUGUCGUCUGCUAUUGGUUAUAAGUCUGACUGGACGCAGUUAGAAACUUUGGAUAAUGCAGUAUUAGAAGCUUAUUUAGAACGUCGCUGUGAUCCGCUUGUAGGGACGAUUGAGCCAAAUAUGUAUGUAGGAAAUCUGGAUUGGACGAUCGAUCUUUUGCCUACGCACGUGAAACCUUAUGCUCAAGAGAUUUUAGAUAAUUUAAUAACUGUUCAUGCAGAGGUCCGUCGGAUCUCGCCACGCUUACUGCAGAGAGUUUUGUCGCACAUGAUUGAAACUAUUUCCGAAGAAUUAGCAAGAUUGAUCACUUGCGUAAACGGUCGAUUCAGUUCUGCUGGUAUCAUACAAGCAAGAACGGAUAUAUUUUUCUUGAAGAAGGCUUUAAAUAGUUAUUGCACUCCAAAAGCGAGAAAUUUUUUUGAAGAAGCCUCAAAAGCCAUACCACAGCCAGCAAGUCAAGGUGAUGCUGAAAGAAUCGAAAUACUCUUAACCAAAGUUAAUUCGCGAAUGCGACUUCAAUUAUCUUGUUUGAUAACCGAUGCGGAUUCCAAUGUUGAUAACGUAGAAUACGGCUCCGACGAUUCUAUGACUGUGUAGUCUGGUUCUACGGCA